ACACACACACAUAUAUAUAUAUAUAUAUCGAUAGAUAUACACACUGUCAUACACAUAGCUUUUUAUAUGUGUGAAAACCAUAAACCUCUCUGGAGCUUGCCUUCCACUCUCUCUCUCUCUGCGUGAAAGGCGACACUUUUACGGUCAUCGUUUUCUGCCGUGAAGCCUAGUCCCUGGGCGCUAGGCACUACUCUAGUGGCGUGCUUCCUUGUUUCUUCUUCGGUAAAUGGGCUGUUUUCAUUCUAAGGCAAGAAAGCAAUUUCCUGGACACGAAGACCCAAUAAUUCUCGCGUCCCAAACAGCUUUCAGUGUUAGUGAAGUUGAAGCAUUAUUUGAGCUGUACAAAAGCAUUAGCAGUUCUGUGAUUGAUGAUGGACUAAUAAGCAAGGAAGAAUUCCACUUGGCUUUAUUCAAGAACACGAAGAAAGAGAAUCUCUUUGCAAAUAGGAUAUUUGAUCUAUUUGAUGUUAAGCGAAAGGGAGUCAUUGAUUUUGGUGACUUUGUUAGAUCACUUAAUGUCUUCCACCCGAAUGCCUCAGAAGAAGAGAAGAUCGAUUAUUCAUUUAAGCUUUAUGAUUUACAUGGCACGGGAUUUAUUGAGCGGCAAGAGGUUAAGCAAAUGCUAAUUGCCCUACUGUGUGAGUCAGAAAUGAAGUUGGCUGAUGAAACUAUUGAGAUAAUACUGGAUAAGACUUUUUUGGAAGCGGAUGUCAAUCAGGAUGGAAAGAUAGAUAAAUCUGAAUGGCACAAUUUUGUGUCCCGAAAUCCUUCAUUGUUGAAGAUAAUGACACUUCCAUACUUGAGGGAUAUAACUACAACAUUCCCAAGUUUUGUGUUUAAUUCUGAGGUUGAUGAGAUUGCUACAUAACUUGAGAAUGAUUUUGUGCACGGUUUUGGAUGGGUAUUUGAGUUUUGAACCAUUAGAACCACUCAAUAACACUGAAGUUGCAGAAGAGUAUCCAACUGAUGCCAAAGUGAAAGCUAUCUACAUUGAUUGAUAAGGUUGUGGCUGUGUGUAAUUAGCAGCCCUAUUCCAUUUGUAAAUUGGUUUUUAAUUUGGUAUUUGCUAUACCCUUUUUGGCCCGACAACAGGAAUUGAUGUGCUAUGAGACUGAUUUUGUCAUAUGAUUUGUUCUUUGUUCUGAGUGGAUAAAUCCUUUCUUGGCUUGAAAUUAGAUUUUAGUG